CUUGCUUUUAGAUCUUUGUUGUUAUGCUGGCUUCUGAAGAUACAACAGAGUUUCUUCAGAUCCGAAGAAAAAGGUGAAUAUUCCAUCAAGAUUCUUUGUGGGUUUGUGAAUUAGCUUCAAUCCUUUCUGGGUUUUGUGGAUUAGCUUCAGUUAUUUCUGGGUUUUGUGUAAAUUCAAGAUUUUGAGCCCUAAAUUUUAGGAAUUUGGGGAUGCAAAAUGUAAUUUCAAGAAAAUGAGAGUCUACUCUGUUCUUGCAAUUUUUAGGAGAUUUUGAAAGAGGUAUAAAGUUUGUUGAUUGAUAGGGAAAAAGACCAAACAUGAUUACGUUUAUGGAAUCAAAAGAGGGUUUGAAAGAAUCCGAGAGAUUUUUAGAUUCGCAGUUAUGGCAUGCGUGUGCCGGCAGCAUGAUUCAAAUGCCGCCGGUCAACACGAAAGUGUACUAUUUCCCGCAGGGUCAUGCUGAGCAUGCCGCGGGAAAUGUGGAAUUCAGAGACCGGAACCCUCAGUCGAGGGUUCCGGCUUGGAUUCCGUGUCGGGUUGGUUCAGUAAAGUUUAUGGCGGAUACGGAGACCGAUGAGGUCUACGCGAAAAUCGGGUUGGUUCCGGUUAGUGGAUCCGGUGAGUUUAAUUGUUUUGAUGAUGAAGAUGCGGGUUCUCCAAACGGAGGAGCUUCGGACGGGCAAGGUAAGCCGACGUCGUUUGCGAAGACGUUGACGCAAUCGGAUGCGAAUAACGGUGGCGGGUUUUCGGUUCCAAGGUACUGCGCGGAGACGAUAUUUCCGCGGCUUGAUUACUCGGCGGACCCGCCCGUGCAGACGAUUUUAGCGAAAGACGUUCACGGUGACACGUGGAAGUUUCGGCACAUCUACCGAGGGACGCCGCGGAGGCAUUUGCUCACCACAGGGUGGAGCACGUUUGUGAACCAUAAGAAACUCGUUGCCGGAGAUUCGAUUGUGUUUCUAAGAGCGGAGAAUGGCGAUCUAUGCGUAGGAAUCCGACGGGCCAAAAGAGGAAUCGGGGGCGGGCCCGAAACUUCUUCGGGUUGGAAUCCGGCUGGCGGCAAUUGUGUCGUCCCGUAUGGCGGGUAUUCGUUAGUCAGAAACGGUAACAACGGCGGUGGCGGCGGUGAUCUGUUUGGAAAAGCGAAAGUGGAAGCUGAUUCUGUGAUUCAAGCGGUUAAACAAGCGACGAAUGGGCAACCGUUUGAGGUCGAGUUCUACCCGAGAGCUAGCACGCCGGAGUUUUGCGUGAAGGCGUCCCUUGUGAAGAACGCAAUGCAGAUCCGGUGGUCACCGGGGAUGAGAUUUAAGAUGCCGUUUGAAACCGAGGAUUCGUCACGAAUCAGUUGGUUCAUGGGAACCAUUUCUUCGGUCCAGGUCGCUGACCCGAUCCGUUGGCCCGAUUCACCAUGGAGACUCUUGCAGGUAACAUGGGACGAGCCCGAUUUGCUACAAAACGUGAAACGGGUCAACCCGUGGCUCGUGGAACUAGUAUCAACAAUGCCCGCGAUCCACAUGUCUCCUUUCUCACCGCCCCGAAAGAAAUGUAGACCAUCGCAGCACCCGGAUUACCAAAUAGAACCCCAAAUCCCGAUCCAGAUUCCUGCAUUGUGCAGACCGCAUCCGCACCUCUUUGGCGGGCCCACCACCGGACUUUUCGGUUACCAACUCCCGGAGAAUCUGAACCUUCAUCAUCCUGCUAGCAUGCAGGGAGCCAGGCACACACAUUAUGGUUUAUCUCUCUCAGAUAUCCAAGUCAAUACCAAACUCAAUUCGGGUUAUUCCCCGACCGCAAUGAAACCCUCCCACUCCAACCCGUCGUUCAACAAAGCCCAAUCCGAGCCCGUUUCAUGUAUGUUAACAAUCGGGAACUCAACCACGGGCUCGAAAGAGCCCGAAACUCCUAAAGUAGCUAAAACAUCUCAGUUUUUACUCUUCGGUCAGCCCAUUCUUACCGAGCAACAAAUCUCUCAGAACCGGAACGUGUCAGGGUCCGGAUCGGGCCAAGAAACGGACCUGAGCCCGAACCUUGAUACGGGCCACUGUAAGGUUUUCAUGGAGUCCGAAGAUGUAGGCCGAACACUUGAUCUCUCAUUGCUCGAUUCCUACGAAGAGUUAUGUAAGAAACUCGGUAACAUGUUCGAAAUCGAAAGAUCUGUAAGCCCGAAUCGCGUUCGUUACUGGGAUUCGACCGGAACCCGAAAACAGAUUGGGGAUGAACCAUUUGGUGAGUUUAUGAAGACAGCAAGAAGGUUAACAAUAUCAACGGAUUUGAGCAAUAUGGAUUCUUAAUUUAAUUUUGUUUUUGUGAAAUUUCUGGUUAGUGAUAACUAGAUUGUUUUUGUUUAAAACAGUAUGAUUAAUAUUUAUGUAAUUAAAGUGAAAUAAAGAGAAUAUAUUAUUUA